GGACCCGCCCGAGGAGCGGCCGCUGCCCGCGCCCGCCGGCGGAGCCGCAGCAGCGCGGCCGGCAGCGCUCCGGGACAGCGGGACAGCGGGACAGCGGGACAGCGCGGCCUCCCCGGCUCCCCCACGCCUCUCCCUCCUUCCGCCGGGCGGCCCCGGGAUGGCGGCGUGAGGCGGCGAGCAGCCUGCCCUCCGGAGGAGUUGCUGGAGCCUGUUCUGGAGCACAUCUGACUGCUACUGCCAACGAGGCCCCAGCCAGCCACGAUGUACUGCCUUCAGUGGUUGCUACCUGUCCUGCUCAUACCCAAGCCCCUCAACCCAGCAUUGUGGUUCAGUCACUCAAUGUUCAUGGGAUUCUACCUGCUCAGUUUUCUCCUGGAACGGAAACCUUGCACAAUUUGUGCCUUGGUCUUCCUGGCAGCUCUAUUCCUCAUCUGCUACAGCUGCUGGGGGAACUGCUUCUUGUAUCACUGCACAGGAUCCCAGCUGCCAGAAUCAGCUCAUGAUCCCAACAUAGUGGGCACCUAGAAAAUCAUAAUCUUCCAGUCUGCUGAGGGCUCUUGCUUUUUAAAAAAGGGGUGGGGCUGGGAAGGAGGGGGGUGUUGGGUGUGGGACUGGUGUAAGGACAACCUAUUUC